AUGUCUGCUCUCCUUAAGGAAACAUUUGCUAGAUGCAAGAAAGAAGGCCGUAAUGCCUUAGUCAACUUUAUUACCGCUGGUUACCCAACCAUUGAAGACACCUUACCAAUUUUACAAGGUAUGCAAAAUGCUGGUGUUGAUAUUAUUGAAUUAGGGAUCCCAUUCUCUGACCCUAUUGCAGAUGGUCCAACUAUUCAAGCUGCUAACAACGUUGCUCUUGACAAUGGUAUCACAGUUGCUAAGUGUUUGGAAUUGGUAGCCACCGCACGUGAACAAGGUGUUACUGUACCAAUCAUUCUUAUGGGUUACUACAACCCAAUUUUAAAGUAUGGUGAACAAAAGAUGAUUGAGGAUUCUGCCAAGGCUGGUGCCAAUGGUUACAUUGUUGUUGAUUUACCGCCUGAAGAAGCCUUGAAGUUUAGAUCUUUGUGUACCCAUCAUGGAUUGUCAUACGUUCCAUUGGUUGCUCCAGCCACUACUGAUGACAGAUUAAAGGUUUUGGGUGACAUUGCCGAUUCCUUUAUUUACGUUGUAUCUCGUAUGGGUACUACCGGUGCCGGUACCAGUGUCACUACCAAUAUUCUGGACUUGUGUGCUCGUGUCAGAAAGUUUGUUGGUGAAGAUACCCCAUUGGCCGUAGGAUUCGGUGUUUCUACUAGAGAUCACUUCUUGAUGGUUGGUGAAGCUGCUGAUGGUGUUGUCAUUGGUUCUAAAAUUAUCACUUUACUUGGAGAAAGUGAAAAGGGCCAAAGAGGUAAGUGUGCUUAUGACUAUGUCAGAUCUAUUUUAGGUGAUGAUUUCAAGGUUGAUGCUCCACAAAAAUUUGUUCACCCAGAACAAAACACUUCUGCUAUCAAAGAUAGUAAACCAAUCUUUGAAGAAGCACAUAAGCACAACCCAAGAUUCGGUGAGUUUGGUGGUCAAUAUGUUCCAGAAGCUCUCCACACUUGUUUGGCUGAAUUAGAAAAGGUUUUCGAAGAAGCUGUCGCUGAUCCAAGCUUCUGGGAAGAAUUUAGAUCUUUGUACUCUUAUAUUGGAAGACCUUCAUCUUUCCACAAGGCUGAUAGAUUGACUGAGCACGCAGGUGGUGCUCAAAUUUGGUUGAAGAGAGAAGAUUUGAACCAUACCGGUUCCCACAAGAUCAACAAUGGUUUAGCCCAAGUUUUACUUGCCAAGAGAUUAGGAAAGAAGAAGAUUAUUGCUGAAACUGGUGCUGGUCAACACGGUGUUGCCACUGCCACCGCUUGUGCCAAAUUCGGAAUGGAAUGUACCGUUUUCAUGGGAGCUGAAGAUGUUCGUCGUCAAGCUUUAAAUGUCUUCAGAAUGAGAAUUUUGGGUGCUAAAGUUGUUGCUGUAACUAACGGUACUCAAACUUUGAGAGAUGCCACCAGUGAAGCUUUCAGAUUCUGGGUUUCUAACUUGGAAUCCACUCACUAUGUUGUUGGAUCUGCUAUUGGUCCUCAUCCAUAUCCAACAUUGGUUAGAACAUUCCAAAGUGUCAUUGGUCAAGAAACCAAGAAACAAUUUAAGGAAUUGAAUGACGGUAAGUUGCCAGAUGUUGUUGUUGCUUGUGUUGGUGGUGGUUCCAACGCUACUGGUAUGUUCUCUCCAUUUGAAAAGGAUACCGAAGUUACCUUACUUGGUGUUGAAGCAGGUGGUGAUGGUGUUGAUACUAACCGUCACUCUGCCACAUUGAGUGCGGGUAUUCCAGGUGUUUUCCACGGUGUUAAGACUUAUGUUUUACAGGAUCAUGAUGGUCAAGUGCAUGACACCCAUUCUGUUUCUGCUGGUCUUGACUACCCUGGUGUUGGUCCAGAAUUGGCAUACUGGAAGAGUACUGGUCGUGCUGAAUUUGAAGCAGCCACCGAUGCUCAAGCCUUGCAAGGUUUCCGUUUGCUCUCUCAAUUUGAAGGUAUUAUUCCUGCUUUGGAAUCCUCCCAUGCCAUUUACGCUGGUAUUGAGAGAGCCAAGACUAUGAGUAAAGAUCAACAUUUGGUCAUCAAUGUUUCCGGAAGAGGUGACAAGGAUGUUCAAAGUGUAGCCGAAGUCUUGCCAGUCUUGGGUGAGCAAAUUGGUUGGGAUUUGAGAUUUGAAGCUGAUCCAUCCAAAUAG